AUGUCGGUUGCAAUCGCCAAGUCGCAGCAACUCAGCGUUCCACCUCCACCAGGUGCCGCCUAUUCCGUGCCCGUCCCAGGCAGCCAGAAAUCGGGACGAAGCGCGGUUUACCGGCACUGGAGAUUCAAGGACGGCCCUCUACACUCUCUCGACCCCGUCGUCACCACGGCCCACGAGUUCUUUGAGCAGGCAGCGGAACAGUUCCCGAGAAACAAGUGCCUGGGACAUAGACCAUACAACGCAGCCACCCAAUCAUGGGGCAAAUAUGAGUGGCAGACAUAUACUCAAGUGCGCCAGCGGAGAGCCAACUUCGGCGUGGGUCUCGUGGCGCUGAACGAGCAGAUUGGUAUCCAGGGUCGAGGAUAUGGUAUUGGGCUGUGGUGCCAGAAUCGUCCGGAAUGGCAAAUCACAGACUUGGCCUGCAUGUCGCAGUCGCUGUUCAGUGUGUCCCUCUACGACACCCUCGGUCCAGACGCUUGUGAAUAUAUCAUUAACCAUGCGAAUUUGUCAACCGUCUGCGCCUCGGUCUCGCACAUCGCUACGCUGGUGAAGCUUGCUCCCCGGUGUCCCUCGCUCAAACUCAUCGUCUCUUUGGACCCGCUGUCGACUGAGGGUGAGUUGCCAGGCACCUCUAAGAAGGACAUCCUCAAUGCUCUCGCACAGCAGCACGGGAUCCAAAUCCAUGAAAUGCGUGACGUCGAAUUGAUCGGCGAGAAGACUCCCCGACCAUACCACCCGCCACGGCCCGACGACAUCAUCACGAUCAACUACACGUCAGGCACCACCGGCAACCCCAAGGGUGUCAAGCUGCUGCACUCCAAUGCUGUAGCCGCAACUUCAUCCUCGCUGGGCCUGUUCAACGCUACAGAGACCGAUGUCAUGGUCUCGUAUCUUCCCCUGGCCCACAUCUUCCAGCGAGUGACGGAGCACACUGCGCUUUGGGCAGGAUCCGCCAUUGGAUACUUCCAUGGCAACAUCCUCGAGCUGGUGGACGACUUCAAGCUGCUCCGCCCAACCAGCUUCACCAGUGUCCCGAGAUUGUACAACCGCUUCGGAGGCGCGAUCAAGGCCUCGACUAUUGAAGCAAGCGGUUUCAAGGGUGCUUUGUCUCGUCACAUUGUGUCUACCAAGACCGCAACUCUGCUUCAGUCGGACCCCAAGAAGGCGACGAACAAGCACUUCUUCUACGACCGCAUCUGGUCCAAGAAGGUGGCGGCUGCGCUCGGGUUGGAACGUGCGAAGAGCAUGAUCUCCGGAUCAGCACCAUUGGAUCCAACGCUUCAUCAAUUCUUGCGGGUUGUGUUCGGCAACAUCGUCGCUCAGGGUUAUGGCUUGACGGAGACAUAUGCCAUGGGAUCUGCCCAACUCGAGGGUGAUUUCAGCUCUGGCAACUGCGGUGCUGUUGCUCCUGGCUGUGAGCUUUGCUUGAUGGACGUUCCCGAUAUGGACUACCUGUCGACCGAUCUGCCGCAUCCUCGCGGCGAGCUUCUGGUCCGUGGUCCUACAGUCUUCGCCGAGUACUACAAAAACGAAGCCGAGACGAAGAAGGCAAUGACAGAAGAUGGCUGGUUCCGCACGGGAGACGUCUGCUCAAUCGACGAGCUCGGACGUCUCCGUGUGAUUGACCGUGUCAAGAACGUCCUGAAGCUCGCCCAGGGCGAGUACAUCUCGCCUGAACGAAUCGAGAAUGUGUACCUUGGAAACCUUCCGUUCUUCGCUGGAGGCUACGUCCACGGUGACAGCUCGCAAGCCAACUUGGUUUCCAUCUUCGCCAUCCAGCCAGACUUCUUCGCCCCAUUCGUCAGCAACGUCUUGGGCAGGACGAUCAGCGCAACAGAUCUUCCCGCCCUGGAAGCGGCCGCUCAGGAACCAAAGGUCCGAAAGGCUGUUCUUCGAGAAAUGGCAAAGACUGGCAAGAAGGCCAAGUUCAACAGCUAUGAGAAUGUCCGGGCCGUGAGAUUGAUGCUGGAGCCAUUCACUAUUGAGAAUGAGCUAUUGACUCCCACAUUGAAACUCAAGCGCCCUCAGACCGUCAAGAAAUACCGCGCUCUCAUCGACGAAAUGUACGCAGAGAUCGACAGGGAGAGCACACCAAGAGCCAAGUUGUAG